GCCUCAGCCACCGGUUCAACUCUGACCCCGACAGCGCUCCGUCACCGCCCUGCAGCCAGCAGUACAUACUGUGUCGGGGUCCGGACCGGGCCGAGGGCUCGGAGGACCCUGCGUGCCCCCCCUCCAUCCAGUCCCUCACCAGACACAUCCAGGCCCUGAAGAAGAAGGUCCGCCGGUUCGAGGACCAGUUUGAACAGGAGAUGAACUACCAGCCGUCCCACAACGAUAAAUACUCGAACCCAGAGAUGGUCCGAGUGAUGGGGGACCUGGCCAAGGCUCGCAAACAGCUCAAAGAGAUGAGACUCAGACAGUCGGUGUUUGAGUCCGAUGAGCCGGACGGACCAGAGAACAGCUACAGGUCAGCGAUGGACCAGCAUCCGUCUCUGGAGGAAACGGUGGAGUCUCUAUUCAGACGUCUGAGAGAGAAGAAACAAGCUCUGGGUCUGCCAGACGACACCAAGGAGAUGACUCAGGCUCAGCUGGUGCUGGAGAAGAUCACUCUGCAGAAAUAUCUGCUCUACUUUGAGAGUUUGCACGGCAGAGCGGGAGUGAAACAGAAGAACGUGGUGAAGCCGCUCUAUGACAGAUACCAGCUGAUCAAACGUUUACUGUGUGCCAGCCCGACUAUCACCACCAUAGAGGAAGAGGACGGUUCUGAUGAAGACUCCCCGCCCGCCACCGCACCCCCCCCCGCAGAGCGUCCAUGGGACAGCCAGCAGCAGGAUAGCGAGCAGCGGGACAGCCAGCAGCGGGACAGCCAGCAGCGGGACAGCCAGCAGCAGGAUAGCGAGCAGCGGGACAGCCAGCAGCGGGACAGCCAGCAGCAGGACAGCCAGCAGCGGGACAGCCAGCAGCGGGACAGCCAGCAGCGGGACAGCCAGCAGCGGGACAGCCAGCAGCAGGACAGCCAGCAGCAGGAUAGCCAGCAGCGGGACAGCCAGCAGCGGGACAGCCAGCAGCAGGAUAGCCAGCAGCGGGACAGCCAGCAGCGGGACAGCCAGCAGCGGGACAGCCAGCAGCGGGACAGCCAGCAGCGGGACAGCCAGCAGCAGGACAGCGAGCCAGCCUUGGUGUCCCCAUUAGCCGAAGUGAAGAACGUGCGUCCGCCAGUGGCUCUCACCACGGCCAACCUGCACGAAGCCUCCAGGUCUGUAGACGCUGAUUUCAUGUCGUAG